AUGAAGCCACUUCUCGUUGCGUGGUGCUCUCAGCGGCCAGCAUGGGUGUCUAGCGUCACAAGUUUGAGGCCUGUGUACUCUUCCGUAGAUACGCGAUGCGGUGCGUGCUGCCGAACUCGACACCGGCCACAGCGCGUACGACGAUUGCGGAACAGUUGCAGGUCACGUGUGGUCGCCUCGGGCACCGAGGCUUCGGAUCACUCGCCAACUGGAGAACUGAAGCUCUCGAAACGAUCGGGCGUUCGUGGACGGGUCUUUCUGUUGGCGGUGCCUUUCAUCUGGUCCACAUAUUCUCCGAGCAUGCGGUUCCUAUUCCAGUUAUCGGACGUGCCGCCUUCAGCGGCUCUCCUCAACCUGGGCCCAGCACUCUGCGGUGCACUAGGUUUUUUGGUUCCGAUUCUCAUGAAACUCGGCGGGCGAUCUGCUUCGGCUUGGGGUCGCUCGGGAACGAGUGCAGCGGGUGGAGGACGAAGCGCACUUCCCUUCUCCAUACCGCACUUUCCUGCUGGAUUCGCGGUCGGCAUCGAGCUCGGAGUCUACAUGUUUCUUGGGACUGUUCUGCAGUUACUUGCACUGCGCUUUAGUCCGGCAUCCCAGGUGGGUUUCCUGCUCCAGACAAGCGUCGUAUUCACAGCACUUCUGCAACGAUUCUGGGCGUCUCGGGCAGCUUCGGCCAAAAGUUCGCAAGACUUGCGCCAAGGCGCGGCGAUCGCAUGUAGCCUGUGUGGGACCACUCUGCUCAUUCUCGACGAUGAUCCGGAUAUGUUUCGGAGAAUGCUCAGCGGCCUGGGGCUUGCGAGUAAACCCGCUCUGCAUCCGGGAAUUGCGUUCAUCGAGGGAUGUACGCCGCUGUCUGCGAAAUUGGCAGGUCAGAUAAGUGCUCUGGCGGCCGCUGUGCUCUAUGCACUGUUCACUAUACGACUCUCAAGUGAACGGGUGCGCAAAAGCGAUGCCAUUACAGUUGCUUCCGUGAAAACCGCAACACUGGCCGUGCUCUCGCUGAUCUGGUACUCUAUGCGCGCUGACUGGCAAAUGGAUGCAGCGUUUUUCCACCGCGCAGGUCAAUCUGGUUUAAUUGCGUACAUUCUGAGUACGAUUUGGAACGGUAUUUUCGGGACAGCACUAACGACCUGGUUGCAGGUAAAGGGCCAAGGGGCCGGUCGCGUCUCUCCUACAGAGGCGGGUAUUGUGUACGCAACAAGUCCGCUCUGGGGUGCGUUUAUCUCGGUAACGCUGCUCCAGGAGCGAAUGGGAUGGCUUGGUUGGUUCGGCUCAGCGCUCAUCCUCAGCAGUGUGGUGUUAAUGAAUUUGCGCCAAUCUGACGCAACGUCGAAUGCGAACGAAUCCAAGUCUGCAUCAUGA